AUGCCUGUCUUCCAAGGUGCGCUCUCGAAAUUUCGGGAGCUAAUCAAAAAGCGGAUAGCGCACACUCCUGUGAGUUAUCUCACCAACCACAAGGAGUUCAUGUCACUGGACUUCUAUGUAGAUUCGCGUGUGCUAAUUCCGCGACCCGAGACGGAGAUCCUCGUUGAGACGGUCCUACAACAUCAGAAGGAGCCAUGCCGAUUUGUUGACAUUGGGACUGGUUGUGGUGCCAUCGCGGUUAGUUUUGGUCAUCACCGUCCUGAUUGGGAACUGAUUGCCACAGAUUUUUCAACGGAAGCUUUAGAAGUUGCCCAACAGAAUGCACUCACCCACAACUGUGCAGAUCGACUCACAUUCCUACAAGGCGAUCUGUUUGAGCCUCUGCAAGAACUACCCAACUCUCGUUUUGACUGGAUUGCUUCCAACCCGCCUUACGUGGGCACAAACGAGGCGUCAACCCUUCCGCUGGAUGUGCGGGAGCAUGAGCCGGAAAUAGCACUCUUCGCUGGCGUUGAUGGUCUUGAUAUCAUUCGGCGCAUCGUAACAGACGCACCGCAGUUUUUGAAUUCGGAAGGAAAACUUAUCUUGGAGAUCGGUUGCAACCAAAACCACCCUGUUCAAGACCUGAUUAAAUCACAGCCAGCAUAUAGGCACUGUGAAGUUAUCAAAGAUUAUGCUGAUUCCUUCUUCUUCCGCUUCCAUGCGGUGCAGGAGAACAGUGUCUUGCAGAAACACAAAUCCAUAUCCCCCCAACACCAUUCUGUUAUUACCAGCAUCAACAACCCGCGAGUUGUCGCUGCCCGCAAACUCCAGACACGUAAGCACCGUCAUCGUCAAGAACGCUUCCUAGUCGAAGGCUUUGAAAUCUUGGAUCUGGCGCUGGAUGCAGGGAUACAACCGAUCGAAGUCUUCUACUGUGAGGAACAAUGCGGUGAAAAGACAGUGCGGCAGCUUCUCAAUCGUUUGCGAGAAGCCGGCGCAACCCUUGCUCCAGUGUCGACUCAAGUGUUACAUACGCUAUCGGCUGCUGCAGGCAACGUAUACGCCUCUCCUCAUAAGGCACCGCCCAAUGUCAUACAGACGCAUAUUGUGGCAACUUUCGCCCGAUUUGAGGUGUCAUUUCAGGACAUCACUUUGACCGGGGAUGAACUAGUCCUUGUUCUUGAUGGAACACAAACACCGAGCAAUCUAGGGAUGAUUCUCCGCACUGCGGAUGCCGUUGGGGCUGCAGCCGUUUUUCUGAUUCCACCCUGCGUGGACAUCUUCCACCCUAAGUCUGUAAGAGGGAGUCACGGUUCACUGUUCAGCGUCCCUCUCGUAGAGACAACGGACAUUCCGGGGCUUUUUAGGUGGCUGCGUGAAAAGGAGUUCAGAACGAUGGGGGCAGAUCCACAUCUCGGAAAGUCUUGGAAUCAGGAAAAUUGGAAAGGUCGGGUCGCCAUAGUUCUGGGCCAUGAUGUGCGGGGCAUAUCCGAUGCUGUACGUGCACAGAUCGAAGGGUGGGCGCGGCUGCCGAUGACAGGCAAGGUAGAAUCGCUCAACGUGGCAGUAGCAGGUAGUGUGCUGAUAUAUGAGUGGUUUCGGGCGAACCGGCUCGAAUCAUAA